AAAUACCCAACAUGACAUAGUUCAUUAGCAUCAGCAAGAUUAUCUGAAACACUCAGCAAUCAAAAACUUUCAGUUUCCAUUAUCUUUUUCUGUUUUUCGUUGAUCAUUGUUUCGGUUGGGUAAGCGAGAUGGCUAUGGUCCCGAGUUUAUUUGGUAACCGAAGGAGCAGCGUCAUCGAUCCUUUCGCUCUUGAUGUAUGGGAUCCUUUCAAGGACUUCCCUUUUCCUUCUUCACUGACGACAGGUUCCUCAGAAACCUCGGCUUUUGUCAAUGCCCGUAUGGACUGGAAGGAAACCCCUGAAGCUCACGUCUUUAAGGCUGAUCUUCCAGGGCUAAAGAAAGAAGAGGUUAAAGUGGAGGUUGAAGAUGACAGGGUGCUUCAAAUCAGUGGGGAGAGGAAAAUAGAAAAGGAAGACAAGAACGACACCUGGCACCGUGUGGAGCGGAGUAGUGGGAAGUUUUCGAGGAGGUUUAGGUUGCCGGAGAAUGUGAAGAUGGAUCAAGUCAAGGCUUCAAUGGAAAAUGGAGUUCUUACAGUUACUGUUCCUAAGGUGGAAGUGAAGAAACCUGACGUCAAAGCAAUUGAGAUUUCUGGUUAAAGAGCUUCAAUGGUUUUGUUGUUGACAUACUAAAGCUAUUAUAAGGUACUCUGUGUCUUCAUGUUUGGCGUGUGUUUUAUGUUUUCCAUGUCUUGUUUAGAUGAGUAGACAAGAUCCCUUGUGUGUGGAUGACAGGUUGAAGUAAUUAUCAAAUUACAGUUUGUAAUGUUAUCAAGUUUCUAUCAAUCAAUGUAAAUUGUUCUUUCA